CCCCCACCUCCCUCUCAAAUCAAAUCCACCGCCCCCCACCUUCAUUGAUUGAUUGAUUACAGCCCGUGAAUCCUUCUUUCUCCCGUCGAAUCGGAGCUUAAGCAGCAGCAGCAGCAGCGUCAGCAGCAAUGACGGCCGUGCUGAGGAGAGCCGUGGCGCAGCGCUUCGCGUCGUCGUCGUCGCCGGCGACGUUCGGGCUCCGGCGGUUCCUGCAGGAGCAGCCGGCGUUCCGCCCCGCCGUGCCGCCCGACCGCGGCUUCAUGCCCCUGGCGGCCGACCGGAUCCGGGACCUCGGGGUCGUCGGCGUCGCGUUCCCGCGGAUCAACCUCGACGGCCUCGUCCCGCCCGCGGCUCCGGCGACGGCGCCGGCCAGGCGGGAGCCGACGGACGCGGCCGCGCUGCCCGCGGCCGCGAGCCUCACGGUGGAGGAGGCGCGCAAGGUGCUGCGCGCCACGCAGAUGGAGGCGGCGCGCGCGCGGAUUCGGGCGUCCGGCGCCGGCGCCGUGCCGUACGCCGACUUCCUGCGCCUCUGCUGCGACGCCGCCGGCUCGGACGCCGGGCCCUCCGUCGCGCGCGCGCUCGACGAGUCCGGAUCCGUCAUCGUGCUCGGCAAGACCGUCUUCCUCAGGCCCGAUAUGGUCGUCAAGGCAAUCGAGAAUGCCAUUCCCGUGCGGCAAGCGCUGCCCGUCGCCGCUGCCGAGAGCAGCGACCCGGCAUGGGAGGAGGAGCUGAAGGCCAUGGAGGCGCAGAAGGCGGAGAUCGACCUCGCCGCGGCAGCACAGGUGCGCCGGGAGCUCUGGUGUGGGCUGGUGUACUUGGUGGUGCAGACGGCCGGGUUCAUGCGGCUCACCUUCUGGGAGCUGUCGUGGGACGUGAUGGAGCCCAUCUGCUUCUACGUGACGUCCAUGUACUUCAUGGCCGGCUACGCCUUCUUCCUCCGCACCAAGAAGGAGCCGUCGUUCGAGGGCUUCUUCGAGAGCCGGUUCGCGGCCAAGCAGAAGCGCGUGAUGCGCGCCAGGGGCUUCGACCUCCGCAGGUACGAGGAGCUCCGGAGAGCCGGUGGCGGCGUGCCCACGCCGGUGCCGCCGCCGCUCCAGCAGGCCCGGACCACCCCCUGCGCGAGUGCGGGGGCGCAGGAGAGCGGCCAUUGCCACUCUUACUGCCAUUGCCAUUGAUCUCGUUGGUUUCAUUCGUUCUUUUUCUUUUUCGUUUUCAUGCCCAUUUGGUGGGGAUGAUGAUUCGUGUACCCUUCUGAUGCGCGGAUGCAAAAAGCAUACUGAAUUGAGCUGAUGACGAGCCGGAUUUUAAACUUGGAAAUACCUGAGCUAAGCCAUUUCCUGUCUGGUCUAA